AUGGAUUUCGUUGACAACUUGAUGGAAGAUGAAAUUGAGAGAGAGACGCUUCUUGCCAAACCCACCUGCUUCAUCAUAGUUGGAAAACCGGGUAUUGGCAAAUCCACUUUGGCCAAGAACAUUGCAGAGUCCUGGAAGUGUAUCUUGAUUGAUGAUUCAGAUAUUCUCAACACACACAUACAAAAUAGAACGGAGGAAGGUUUAGAGAUCUUAGAUAUCUUAUCUGAGGGGAAGGUUUUACCAGAAGACAAGGUGCUGCAGCUGAUUCUUAACAGGCUCGAUUCACCAGAUGUGGAGCACUAUGGAUAUGUGCUGAGCUGCCUGCCGCUUAUGUCUGAGGAGUGUCUGAAGAUUGAUGAGCAGAUUGCACUGAUCAAGAACCUCAAGCUGACACCUGAUUUCAUCAUUAAUAUCAAGUAUGCAGACAAGGACCUGGCCAAGAGGCUUGCAGGUCUGAAGCAAUACCCAGAGACAGGGCAGCUAUACACAAGGGACAAGUGGCAGUGUGAAGAUGUGUACAUCAAGAAGAGAGACAGCAAGGAUGAGGCAAUGGAGGAUAAAGGGGUGCAGGGACUCCAGAGGGAUGUUAUUUACCAGAUGGUGUGGGCACCAGAGAAUUUAACCCAAAAUGCUUUGUAUAGAAUCAACAUGUACAAAGAUACAGUGCUUAAACCACUGGAGGACUACAUGGCAGCCCACAACCCCCUCUAUCGGAUGGAGCUGGAUGGACACAACACACCUGAAGAGCUUCACUCUUCUGUUAUGUCCCGUCUUGGAUCAUUGGCAAUAAAACAUGUUUCCAUUCCCAUCCUCCUCCACAAAGCUGAUGAAGAAUUGCCAGAAGAGGCUGAUACGGUGGACCUAUUGAGACAUAUGUCCUCCACCAAUCCGGUGGCCCCUGGCUUCCGGUGGAGAAGGAGCCGCUGGGGCCAAACCUGCCCUGUUGCUCUGCAGGAGGGCCAGGUUGUACCUGGCCAACCUGAGCUAUCUGUCAGCUUCCAGGACAAACUGUACAUCCUCUCAUCUUCCGAGGCCUACCAGAAGUUUGUCACAAACCCCAGACAGUACUUACUCCCUCCGAUGCCCAGGCCCCCUUGCAAGGUUUCUAUCGUUGGACCCCCUCAGUCAGGAAAGAGCACCUUAUGUAAGCUUCUAGCGCAGCACUACAAUGCAUUGGUGCUUGACGCGGAGGACCUGGUGCAGCCAAUUCUGGCCAAGAUUGAACAGGAGAAGCACACUGGAUGGGUGCUUGACAACUUUCCUAGCAACCUCUCCCAGUGGGAUUUUUUAAAACAAGGUGAAAUCCUGCCACACAUCAUCUUUUGUCUCAAAGACAGUGGUGGACAUAACGUUUUGGAGAGAAUGUAUGAGAGGAACAAGGAGAAGGUGGACAGGGCAGUGAGGAAGAGGCUGCGAACCGAAUCAAAUCUAGAGACAAUCGUUGGAGAAAAUGAUGGUAUGGAAGAUCUCCUGUAAAGUCCAACUCCUUCUCCCUCUGUUGAUCAAGCUGUGACACUACCUGAUCACUGGGAGCUGGGUUAUCCAGACGGCCCAGAGAUGAAGGACUACAAACUGCAACUCAAGAAGUUUGUGUCUGAAUGGGAAGCAAUGGAGACGGCUCUAACUACUGCCCUCUUAGUUCUGGAGAUUGGUGGAAAAAGCCCAGAGGACCUGCUUCAAGAGAUAGUCCUUCACAUGGAGAAGCCCUUCAAGUAUGUUCCCUGGGAGCUGUCACAGCUGGACCUGUUCGAGGAGAAAGAGGAUAUGGAGGCCUUAGCCGAGUUGGAGAAACCUGAUGAAAAAAGCAGUGACAACAAAGCACCAGAUGAUGAGGAUAAGGUGGACAGACCCCGUAAGAGAUCAUUUGGUGAUACUCUUCAUUUCUGUCCUGUGGCCUUUAAAAACCAAAACACCCUGUGGCCCUGUACGGACGAGAUUGCAGCCAAAUACCGGGAGAAGAUCUUCUACUUCUCCAGGGCAGAAGCGAGAGACACCUUCCUUCAAAACCCAACACGAUUUGUUGCAAAGACUGAGCCUCUCAAGCCUUCUGCCCUUCGGAUCCUUUCCCUCGGUAACCGAGGGUCAGGAAAGACCUCUCAUGGUGAGUGGCUUGCCCGGCAGCUUGGCCUCUUCCAUAUUCAGUUCAGGGAGCAGCUCCAAAUGCUCCUCAUCGCCAAGACAAAGAAGCGGGUGCCUUAUUCAGAUGAAGUAGAGCCCACUGACGAGUCUCUGGAGGAACUGGUCACCCAGAUACAGGACGCCCGGUUGGAGGCUGGGGAGGAGGAGGAGGAGGUUGAGGAGGAGGAAGUGGAACUGACUGCUGAGGAAUACGCCAUCAAAGACUACCUAUCUGAUGGAGAUUCACUAUCUCCACAUAUCCUGGACAUGGUUAUUGCACCAUUCUGGGAUCAAGAACCAUACAUAUCCACAGGUUUUAUUCUGGAGGGCUUCCCACAUCAUUCCGAAGAGGUGCAGUACAUGCUGGAUGGACAGCUUUUCCCUGACGUCGUAGUAACCAUGAAGGUGGAUGUCACAGAUGUUCAGAAACGUCUGUUGCUGGCAUACCUGAAGAGGUGGCGUAAGCGCCGCGACCACCGGCAAGGACAGAAGAAUAUUCUACAGGAUCUUCGCAUGAAAAUCAGGGAUGAGAAAAUGGUCUGGAGACGGGCUGAACUCACCGCAGAGGCACUGACUGCAAGAUUUGAGGAUGAUGAAGAUGAGGAAGAAGAAGUCGAUGAAAAGGAAGAAGCAGGAGACAGCAUGGCGGAUAAGAUAGAGGCCAUACUGGAAGUGGAGUUUGCUUUGGAUGGAGACAACGAAGACUCAGAGAUCGAGGAGAAUGAGGAGGCAGCUAUCGAGCGGCUGAAGAGGGAGAUCGAGCAGCGUUUUGCGUCAGAUGAAGAAGACCUUGCAACUGUAACGGAGAUGCUGAGUGAGCAACACAUUCCAAGUAUCUCUAUCAGUGCCUCUCGCAAGCCGCGCUUUGUGAGGAAUCAGCUGCUCCAGAAGUUACAGCCUCUGCUGACUAACAGGCAGUCACUUUUCCAAACAUGUCAACCCAUCUCAUCCACCCUGGCACCGAGGCUGCUGCUCUUUUCCUACAAGCUCCACAGUGCCUUUGGCUGCUUGGAUCCCAUAAAGCAAUACAGAGAGAGAGAAUUGAUCCAGUCUCUGCAGUGGCCUCUGAAUACCACACAUCCCGUAAUCUUCAAUCAGUAUAUCUACUUCUUUGAAUCUAAGGAGAACCGUAACACAUUCAUGCUCAACCCUCUGAAGUACCUCAGGCAGCCCAAGCCCUCCCCAUCCCUCCCUGUUAAACUGGCCGUCGUUGGACCACCCAAAUCUGGGAAAACCACUGUGGCACAGAGCUUUGCUCAGAAGUAUGGCUUGGCGAGGCUGUCCAUUGGUAGAGCUAUGCGUAUGGUGCUUGAAACUCAGGAGCACACAGAUCUGGCUUUCCAAGUGAAACAGCUUCUCUCCCAGGGCCUUGUUGUGCCUGAUGAACUGGCCAUUCAGUGUCUGGAGGUGGUUCUCUUGAGCUCAGUCUGCAGCACCCGAGGGUAUGUUUUGGACGGCUUUCCGAUGACACUUAAGCAGGCGGAGCUAAUGGGUUCUCGGAGCAUCAUCCCCAUGAUAGUAAUUGAGCUUGAGCUGGACACAGUGGAGGUGCUAAGAAGAGGUCACAUGGACCAGUUAAAACCCAACAAGUCUCACCUUAUGCAUGACAGCGCUGAGAUACUUCACAAUCGUACCGCCCAUUACAGGCAAGAGGUGGAGCAGGUGAGGAAAUAUUUCCAGUAUCAAUAUCGGAACUGGAUUGUGCUUGAUGGCUUUAAGAGCAAAUGGUGGAUCUGGAGCAAGAUUGUAAAGGAAGUCAGUAUCAGCAUGGCGUACAUCGACAACUUCCUGGAGAGGACACUCAGCGGUCAAGCUGCCAGCAUCGACAGGAUGUGCAUCACACCAGAGGAGCUGCAGCAUCGGCUUGAAGAGUUUGGCCAUUACUGCCCAGACUGCUUGGCUAUAAAUUAUCACCUGACGGACUGCUCAGAAACUGUAGCUUUGACUCAUGCGGCUGAGUACAGAGGAAAGCUUUACAAGAUGUGUGGCAAAGAGCAUUUAGAGAAAUUCCUGUCCUCUCCAGAAAAGUUUGUGACUCCGAGGUGCCCAUACCCUCUCCCAGAACCCCACAUGCUGCCAAGUAAACUAACUGAGAUUCAGGUGAAGAACAAGUACCCACAGAAAGUUCAGAUGAUGGGCUUUUGUCCUGUCACUUACUUCUGUGGAAAGCAAAGGUAUGAAGCCCUGGUUGAAGGAAAGAUGGAGUUCGCUGUGGAAUACAGAGAACAGUUCUAUUUUUUCCGGUCGAAACGGGAACAGGACAUGUUUUUGAGGAGUCCUGAAACAUUCUGGGACCAGAAGCUGCCCGUUAAAGUCCCUCCUCUUUGUGACCCCGUACCCCUCAUCGCCCUUCCGACGUUGGGCUACCUGGAACAGGCUGUGGCAGUGGCAGUCUUCAAGGCCAUGACAGCUGCGGGGUGCCUCAAACCCAAGUAUCCCUUCGUCAGCAUACAAAGAUCAGCAGUCCUCUAUGUGGCCUUCUAUCUCAAAGCUACCAACGAGAGGAGCGAGGAUUAUAUUCGCCGGAUGCACAAAGCCAACCUGACCUUGUAUGAAAAGAGCUGCGCCCUACUCCCCUACCUGAGCUCAACGAUGAGAGGGCGCUACAAGCAGCCCAGUGAACGUCCUAUCGACUUCGAGUCCAAAAUGAACGAGUUCCUGGCUUUGAAAGACUAAGAACCAACUGCUUACUGUAGCUAUGCCUGUUUUUAUGCUGGUUUUUCUCUUCACGU